UCGUGUAGUCUGAUCCUCAAGUAGUUCUAAACAUCAACCAUGAUCAUGAGUACGUUGAGGGUUACAGCAGUGUUCUACAUUUUCAUCCUUCUUUCUUUGCUGGCUUUGCCUCCAAUUUAUGCUUGUGGUUAUUGCAACCCUCCUUACCAAGCACGUCCAACUCCACCGAUACCCACUCACCCACCCGGCAGAGGUGGCAACCCACCUAGAUUCUCUCCACCUUCCACCAAUCCACCAGUUUUUGGGCGCCCACCAACUGUUAGGAAUCCUCCAGUGACACUCCCACCACCUGCUUCCACAUAUCCUCCAUAUAGCGGAGGCAGUCCACCUUCAGGUGGACUACUACCUCCUAUCGGAGGCGGUGGUGGACUUUUACCUCCUAUUGGAGGCGGUGGUGGGCUUUUACCUCCCAUCGGAGGCGGUGGUGGACUUCUACCUCCUAUUGGAGGAGGUGGUGGACUUCCAGGUCUCAGUCCUCCUUCAACUUCCCCGAGUUGCCCGAUUAAUGCUUUGAAGUUAGGGCUAUGUGUAGAUGUACUUGGUGGGUUGGUACAUGUUGGGUUGGGAGACCCAGUUGAAAAUGCUUGCUGUCCAGUAAUUGCAGGAUUGCUAGAGCUCGAAGCUGCAGUUUGUCUUUGCACUAGCAUACGACUUAAGCUUCUCAAUCUUAAUAUCUUCAUUCCUCUAGCACUUCAAGUUCUCGUCACUUGUGGAAAGAACCCUCCACCUGGUUUCGUAUGUCCUCCUCUUUAAAGAUGAGUCAUGCUGGUAGAUCGAUGUUCAA